UUGUUUACACACUUUUACUUUUACUCCUGUCCUAAGUAAUAUGUGCAGGCAACAAAAAUAAUAGAAUCUAGAGUCUAGAGAUGUGAAUAAUGAAUUAAAAUGAUCCCUCUUCGAGUCUCUUUUAUAUUUGGUGUAUCUAGAAGUAGAUCUCGAUCUAAAUAUUUAUAAUAUGUUAAUAUGGUUAAAAGGUGAUAGAGAGUAAUCUCUCCAUGGAUGAUAAUUAUGAAAAUAGUGUGGUCCAUGACCUGACAUUUGGACUAGACCAUGAAGAUCACAGCUCUAUUCAUGACUCUCAAAGCGGCCUUCAUCCAGAUGAGGAGACCUCUUCCAUGUCCAGCAUAUCCUCACUCACUGGAUUUCUUUUUGGCAAUAUUGAUGAAAAGGGGGAGUUGGAAGAGGAUUUCCUUGAUGAGGAAUCUAAACGCCACCUAGGUUCUUUAUCUCGGCUUGGAGUUGGUGCAAUGGUUCAAGAGCUGGCACAAGAUAUUUCAGAUGGUGCUCUAGGAGGAUCUGUUGAUGAUGAUUAUGACUGUAAAUCACCAUCGGCUGUGGAUUUCUCUGAUAUCACUGAAAUAGUGGAUGAGGAAGAUGAGCUGAGAAGAAAACCAGAUUAUGAGAUUAAGAAUUCUAUAGAUGACCAAGAAAGAGAAGAAGAUGAUCGCAAGCUAAUGCCUCCACCUUCUUGGCUGCCAUGCCCAACUCAACCUAUCAGUGUUGUCACUUCAGACAGUGGCAACAGUUCUGCAUCUGCUUCCACUCUCACAUCAGUAGCAAAAUUAUCUACUGAUGAGCAGACGUCACCCUCAUCCCUAAGUCCAAGUAAAAAGUUGAAUACUCCUCUAGCAGACAUGAUGCCUCCAGAGCUAGCCAAUGUGGAUGUGACUACACUUUUCCCAGAGUUUAGACAUGGUCAGGUCCUGAGAUUCUCACGCUUGUUCAAGCCAGCCCAUGUUCCGCAUGUGUGGAGAAAGAAGAGGAAGAAGAAAGAAGAAGAUGAAGAAAAGAAAGGCUCCAAAGGGGACAGCAAAAAGAAAGACUCCAAAGAGGAUCUAGAAAAAGUCCAGGCAGAUGCUGCGGAGAAAGAGAAUCAGCCAGAGGUAGACCAGGAAGAGGGGAGUAAAGACGAGGACUGUGAGGAUAGAAAACCAGACAUAAAAGAGGAGCCCUUCUUUGAGGAGGAGCUAGAGAUCAAUUUAAAUAUGGGGAGGAUGCCAAAGAAGGAGGAAAUGCUAGAUGAUGAUGAGGAGCUUUUAAAAAGGCCUAUUGAUCACAAGUCUUCAAGAGGUCAGUCUGGCUCAGAUGACAUGGACCAAGACCUUGAAGUUGCUCCGUGGAGGUACGGGCCAGCACAGUACUGGUAUGACCACCUCGGCCUUGAUGAGACAGGGCAAGGUUUUCAUUAUAAUUUCAAGGCUAAACCAGAGGAUGUGAAGAAAGCUGAGGAGGAAGAAUCUCUCAGGCUCGACAAGGACCUGGACUAUGAUCGCUACCUUAUGGUCACCCAGCAACGUUGGGAAGACAAGAUCAUCUGGGAUGGGGAGAAGGCUAAGCAGAAAGUUCUGGAAGAGCACAGAAAGAAUGCAGAGUUUGCUGGGUGGGUGCCAAGUACCAAUAACAGAACGUUUGCCCAAUCCCGUGCUCAGUCUGGAUUGUUGCAGAGGUCCAAAUCCAUUCUAGCAAAAGCAGAGUCUGAUCCUGGACGAGACUCUGAAUGGUUUUCAUUAUUUCCUGUAGAGAAUGAAGAACUUAUCUAUGGAAACUGGGAAGAUGACAUUAUCUGGGAUGCUGAGAACAUGGAUGUCAUCUCAAGUCCCAAGGUUUUGACCCUAGACCCCAAUGAUGAGAACAUCAUUCUAGAGAUACCUGAUGACAUUGAUCCAAACCAGCAAACAGAACAGGGCACUGGGACCAAGAAGGAAAAAGAAAGUGUAAGAAAAAGUAAAAUUUUACUUGGAAAAGCUGGCAUCUUGAAGGAUGGUAAUGAUGACAAGGAGGAGGUCCCUAAUGCUGUCAAUGCCAAAGAUUUGUUCAACUUAUCCAAUGACGAGUAUUAUAGUCCUAAACAAAUGGAUAAUGCUUUGAGGCCCAACAUUGGCAGCUCUGUUAUACAGCAUUCCACUCCAGCAGCAGAAUUGCGACAGCCCUUCUUCCCUACACAUCUAGGGCCAAAUAAGUUGCGUACGUUCCACAGGCCACCCUUAAAGAAGUAUUCUCAUGGUUUGCUGUCCUCAUUUGAGCCACAUCCUGUUCACUGUCUCAACAAAAUCAUUAAAAGGAAAGCAAAGAUAAGAGAACAAGAGAGGCAAGCAUUUGGAGGUGGUGAGAUUUUCUUUAUGAGGACACCCCAAGACCUGACUGGCAUGGAUGGGGAGCUCAUUCUAGCAGAGUAUUCUGAAGAGUUCCCUCCCUUGAUGAUGCAAGUUGGCAUGGCGUCUAAGAUUAAAAAUUACUACAAGAGGAAACCUGGCAAAGAUUCAAACCCUCCUACAUUCAAAUAUGGGGAACUGGCCUAUGCCCACACUUCACCAUUUGUAGGAGCCCUGAAGCCUGGCAACUGUUUGCAAGCUUUGGAAAACAAUAUGUUUCGCUCUCCCAUCUAUGAACACAAUCUUCCACCCAGUGAUUUUCUUGUCAUUCGAACCAGACAUGGUUAUUACAUCCGUGAAGUUGAAACAAUUUAUACUGUGGGACAAGAAGGUCCACUUAUGGAGGUCCCUGGACCCAACUCUAAACGUGCAAAUAAUUUUGUCAGAGAUUUUCUUCAGGUAUUUAUCUACAGACUGUUCUGGAAGAGUAAAGAUGAGCCGAGAAGGAUAAAGAUGGAGGAUAUUAAAAAAGCUUUCUCAUCUCACUCAGAGAGCAGCAUUAGAAAGAGGCUGAAACUAUGUGCAGACUUUAAGAGAACAGGCAUGGAUUCUAAUUGGUGGGUUCUUAAACCAGACUUCCGGUUACCAACAGAAGAAGAAAUUCGUGCCAUGGUAUCACCCGAGCAGUGUUGUGCCUGGUACAGCUUGAUAACAGCUGAACAAAGGCUCAAAGAUGCUGGUUACGGAGAGAAGUCUCUGUUCUCUGUGGAAGAAGAAAAUGAAGAGGACACACAAACCAAAAUUGACGAUGAGAUCCGAGUAGCUCCAUGGAACACCACCAGGGCCUACAUCUCAGCAAUGAAAGGCAAAUGUUUGCUGCAGCUAACUGGCUUAGCUGACCCCACAGGCUGUGGAGAGGGCUUCUCUUACAUCAAGGUCCCCAACAAGCCCACUACGAAAGAGGAAGCCAAGGAGACACCAGUCAAGAAGACAGUUACAGGAACUGACGCUGACUUGAGGAGGCUCAAUCUACAAGAUGCCAAGCAACUGUUGCGUAAAUUUGGUGUGCAUGAAUCUGAGAUCAAAAAACUGUCGAGGUGGGAAGUCAUUGAUGUGGUCAGAACCAUGUCCACGGAACAGGCUAAACAAGGCCAGGAUACUACAGGUUGGGUAAAGUUUGCUCGUGGGAAUCGUUACUCUGCUGCAGAACAUAUGGAGAGGUAUAAGGAGGAGUGUCAGAGGAUAUUUGACUUGCAGAACAGGGUUCUAGCUUCCACCGAAACUUUAUCGACUGAUGAGGAAUCCACAUCUGGUGAAGAUUCCGACUUUGAAGAAAUGGGAAAAAAUAUUGAGAGUAUGCUGUCUAACAAGAAGACAAGCAUGCAGCUGUCCAGGGAAAAGGAAGAAGCUGAGAGACGAGAGCUGCAGAGGAUGUUGAAAGGUGACAUGGGAGAUAAAGACAAGAAAAAAGGAGCGCAGUCUAACAAGGAAGAUGAGCUCAUGCACCACAGGGGAAGAAAAUUGAAGAUUGUCAGAACACUAAGAGAUGACACAGGUAGACAGUUCCAGAGGUCAGAGAUGGUGACCAAUCCUGUAGUCAUUGAUACUUACCUGCGUAUACGACAGACCAGGGACCCCAAUUUUAUCAAGCAGUUUGCUGCAAUGGAUGAUCAGCAGAAAGAAGAGAUGAGGAAAGAAAGGCGAAGAAUUCAGGAACAGCUCCGGCGCAUCAAGAGGAACCAGGAGAAGCCAACAUCAACUCCUCCACCAAAGAAAAAACCCAAGAAAGACAAAGAGCAGCUAAUCAAAGCAUCAAAGAUGAAGUGUGGUGCUUGUGGUCAGAUAGGCCAUAUGAGAACCAACAAGGAGUGUCCCAUGUACAACACUCGGAUGGGCGGCUCAGGGCUUCAGGUGGCCAUGACAGAGGAGCAGGAGGAGGAGGAAGAGAAGAACAUCCCAGUGGACCAGGACCUGAUCAAUGUGGAAGGCACCAAGAUCAUCAUGUCCAAGACACUUCUGGAGCAUGCUGAAAGCAUUCGUCGUAAAUCUCUUGUGCUUAAAGUUCCAAAGCAAGCUGUGGAGACAAAGAAAAAGAGAAGAGUUAGCAACAUAGUACAUUGUGACUAUUUGAAGAAACCAAAGCAGUCUUCCAACAGACGUCGUACAGAUCCACUUGUCACUUUGUCCUCCAUAUUCGAAUCUAUCUUGAAUGAACUCAGGAGUUUACCCGAUAUUCAACUAUUUUUGUUUCCUGUUAACCCCAAAGAAGUGCCAGAUUAUUACAGAAUCAUCAAACGUCCAAUGGAUAUGCAGACAAUGAGAGAGAAUGUCCGUCAGAAAAAAUACAGGUCAAGAGAAGAUUUCCUCACUGAUCUGAAUCAGAUAGUUGAGAACAGCAAGCUCUAUAAUGGUGCUCAACAUUUGCUCACCUUGAAUGCUCAGUCUAUGUUGACCUUGUGUAUCCACAGAAUAGCCGAGAAAGAGCAGAAACUAAUGCGUCUGGAGAAGGCAAUUAAUCCUUUACUGGAUGACAAUGACCAAGUGGCCCUGUCUUACAUCUUUGAGAAAAUCAUUCUUUCUAUGAAAGCAAUUGACACUUCUUGGCCGUUCCACAAUCCUGUGAAUAAAAAGACAGUCAAAGAUUACUACACAGUGGUCAAACGUCCCAUGGAUCUGACCACACUGCUGAAGAAUGUCCAGUCACACAAGUACCACAGCAAGGAUCAGUUUGUGGAAGACGCAGAGUUGCUGUACACCAAUAGUCUCCAGUACAAUGGACCUGAACACACCUACACACAGACUGCCCGCAAGUUGAUGGAGGUCAUGAAAGAUGAACUCAAUGAGCAAGAGGAACACAUUCAGCAGCUAGAGGCAGACAUCAGAGCAGCUCAAGAGGCAGCAUUAGAUGCAGCAGAUACUGACAGCAUGACAGGGACAUCAAUCAAUCGAGAUGAUGGCAGCAUAUUAGAUACUGAAAGUUUGGAUGGCUUCAGCACCAAAGAACACAUGACCAUCACUGAGGAGUACAGCAACUCUAACAUAAGAACUUUUAGUGAAAGUGGGGCUGGUCAUCACGUGUCAGACUCUGAGUUUGUUGAUAUUGAAGGAGAUGAGGAGGCAGGAAAUAGAAGCCAGGGACAGAGAGAGAGCUACACCGAGGAAGGUGAAGCUGAAGAUGAUGACCUUGCCAAAGACCUUCAGUUGUCUGAUGCUGAGGAAGAGGAUGAAGAGGAUGAGGAUGACAAUGCCAGUGGAGGGGAGAUAAAUGAUCUGUCUGAAACUCAACAAGAGGAACAAUCCAUGGAAGUAGAUGAGAAUGUUGGAGGUUAUGAUGAGAACGCUCGUUCCUAUUUUGACACUACUGGGGAAGAAGGUGAAGUUGUAGAAGGUGAGGCCUACGAUGCUGGUCAGUUUGAUGAAGAAGGAGACAGCUUUGACCCCAGUGAGUUCUUCAAGAACAGCACACUGGCCUCAGCUCAAGCUCAGGCCCAGGCAGAGGGCGGAGUGGACAUCAAUGACGACCUGCAGAUCUCUGAUGACAGCGAUGAAGAGAGGCGGGCAGAAGGGGCUCAGCAGGCACCAGCACAGGAAAUGGUGGAGGAGGAAGAAGAGGAGGAGCCAUAUCCCAUCAUACCCACUGAGAACCAACAGACUGAGGGCUUUGAUUUUAACGAGUACUUGUGAUCUUAGAGAUAUAGCAUCAUGAUACCCUUAAUUUUGUAGUAUAAUGUAAUAUACAUUUGUAGAGAAUCCUGAUCUUUGAAAAAUAUUUUUUAAUACUUAUUUUAAAUGGGGUAAAUAUAUGAUAGGUAUAUGAUAGAUCAUGAACACAUUAUCAAAUAGUGAUUAUGUUUCUGAACAUAUCACAACUGAAAGAGUUAAAUCUGUUGACUCUGUAGUUGUUUUUGUAUCAUUUAAUUCAAAGUUUUUAUAAUUAUAAUAUUAUUAUAAUAAUCCUUAUUAUUCAUGAGUAAAUUGGUUUUACAAUUGCGCAUCACACAUAGAAAAGCAUUAUGCUAGAAACAAAUCAGUGACAGAUCUUUGAGGAGACCGCUUGCUGCCCAAUGCGCCGAAUAGUGCGGGAGGAUCUAAGUCUAAGUAAGUAAGUAAACAAAUCAUAUGAUGGCACUCUGUUGCAAUUUUUAAUUAAAUGCUCUGCCGUUCUGAUGCAAAUAAAAAUAAAAUAGUGGUGAGUCACGAGUGUUUAAAAAAAAUUGUGUGUAAUUUGUUUUUGUAAUUUACUGACACAUUUUGUUACUAGAAAUGUAUACAAAUAUAGUCUAGUUUAAACCUAGAACCUAACAUUAUUUGUAAACUUAUCAAACUUAUUUGACAAGUAUCAGUACGAAGAUCUAAUUUCUUGAGUAAAGUCAACAGUUGUUUUUAAUUAAAACUUAACUGUCCAUAAACACGUUUUCCUAAAGUAAAUUGAUUUCUUUUUAUUUCAAACAUAAACAGAAUAUACAAUCUGCAAGUGACACUAAUUAACAAGACUUCCCUAAUAAUAGCACCAUGUUAACAAUUCUGUGUGUUUUUAUAAAAUAAAUCUGAUCAGUUUGUUUUUUUAUUUGACUCAUCAUUCAAUAGUGAACUUGCAUUAUGACUGUACAACGCAAUGUUUUUUUUUUUGUUUUUUUUUUACAAAACUUAUAUCAACUCCUGCCAUCUGUCUGUCUGGUAUAAAUUUUGUACAUGCAUCUCCCACUUCCCAUUCUUGGAUCAAGUUGAAACUUUGCACAAUUAUUCAUUGGUGGUAAUUAUUUAAUUUUGUUUGGUAUAAAAAAGGGAAAACAGUAUUGUAAGAUUGUAAAUUAGCAGUUUUUUCCCCUCAAAAAGCUUUUUUUUUUUUAAUUAUUGUUUAUAGUUUGCUUGUUCAUAAUAUUAAACAAUAAUUGUAAACUAUGAAGCCUGUUUCUUUUUUUUUUUUUUUUUACAACAGUAAAAUACCUGCUUUUCCUAAUAGACAUUUCAGGCUUUGAAAUUAAGAAACCACAAAAAAAAAAAAAAAAAAAUUCCUUUAUAUAUAUGUCUGCUUUGAAACCAAGAGUUAAGUAAUAUAAUGAAUAUCCUGAUCAUAUUUCUAUAACUAAUCUCUUACUGCCAUUUAACAAAACUCAAACUUGUUAGUAUUGUUCAUUAUCAUUGUUCAUUUUUAAAUUUUUUAUUUUUUUUCAUUUUUUCACAUUGAAAAGUAAAAUUUGUAACUGAAUCUGUUUGUGUCUUUAUUUGUAAAGAAGGGAAGGGGGGGGGGUAUCCCUGACCUCAGGAUAAUUUGAGUGUGUGCAUUUCAUGGGAAGUUGCAAUGAAAUAAAAUGGUUGAAAAAAUAUAAUACAUAAAAGGGAACAAAUAGCUUUUGGUCUAGCUCCCUGCAUCUAGAAGAGAUUUGAACUCAGAAUAUUUUGUCUUUGGUUAUAUUUGAAACCAGUGUUGGGGUGUCAGGCAAGAUACCACAAAUACAAUACCUGUACAAAUGCAAGCAACUUUUAAUAGAAAGCUAAAACAUGAUGUCCAAUGUAUUUGUGUACAAGAAAUAUUGUGCUCUCUUGUUUUGAGUCUGUAUAUAAACUUCCUUUUUUUAACAUGUUUUUUUGUCUCUUUUAUAUGACUGUAUUUGUAUAUAAGGUACAUUGUUCAUUUGUGUUGUUUAUCACUGCGGGAAUAAUUUAAUGUUUAAUUACUUUAAAAUUUUGUAAUUUGGGCUUCAUAAGACACACACUAGUACUUUGAACACCCUGAACCAUAAGACACUUCAUGUUUACAAAAAAUUCACAAUUAAAUGGUGAGCUAAUUAUUCAAUAAAACCCACAACAAACCUUGGCGACAGUUCUCUGCUGCUCUCAUGAUCUGCUCCAUUGGACUAUCUCCAAUUUAAAAGUACUUGUAUAAGCUUGCCUAUUCUUUGAUAUAAUAUGUUUAAGUAGUUAAUUUUUUUUUUGGCUAGAAAAUCUCCCAUUGACUUAUUGACACUUUAAUGACUGGAACUUCUACUAACCUUUAACCUUCCUAUCAAUAACGUAAAAUUAGCAUAUUCCAAAGAGUGCAGUAAAUUUUUUCAAAAACCCUUGAAAUAAAAAAAGAAACUGUUUCCUAUAAUGUGGAAAAAUGUGGUAGAUUUGUAUGUUCUCUGAUUUGAUCUAUUUGAAAGCUAUCACUGAGUGAACAUGUUUUGAUAAGUUUACAUUUUGGUAAACAUUGUUGACAAUUUUUAUGGGCUAAAUGAAAAACGUUUGUAUGUAAUACAGUUGUUCUGAUUUGAGAAUGUGAACAUUCAAGUGCAUGUGAUAGUGGCCAACGGAAUGUGGAGUAAACAUACAUUUGUCACUUUUUUUUUUUUGUUGUUGAGCUAGUAGGUUAGAGCUUGAGUAUUCUUUCUUUGACAGUUCAUGUCUUCCUAUUAGUUUCCAUGAAUAUUUAUAGUUACGUCGAUAGUUUUUAGGUCCUGGUUAAGUUUUAAUAAUAGUUUCUUUGUAUAAAUAGUUUUUAAAAGUCUGAGUUAAGAAUCUUGAAGAGAAAAAAAAGCUUGUACAUAAUUUUUUUUUUCUAAAAAAAAAGGAAACUACGAAAAGUAAAAGCAAAUAAUUCUCUUCAGUCAUUGAAAAUAAAAUAUAGAUACAUUAUUUAAUUCACUUCAGCUUUUAAAGCAAAUAAAAAAAAAAAGCUUUUAAUUUUUUUGUUAUCAUGCUGUUGGCCAUCAUCCUUUUUGUUGCAUUUAUGAUUUGAGAAAAAAACUGAAACAUGUUUGAUGUUAUGCCAAGCAUAAAACUUUGUAAAUAUUGUGUUUGGCUUGUGCACAAGUGUGUUGAGAUGUUGUUUUUCAUUUAAAGAAAUUAAAAUUUACACUUAAUAAUUUUU